AUGUCCACAGUAGUGGGCUUCGAGCCCCAGCUCUUCAAAUUCCAGUCACGCACUAGCCCAUUCGGCGACAAGGAUUUCAUUGCUGGACUCAAGGAUGUUUCGGUUACAAUACCACAAGCGGUAAAACGUGGCAGCAAUGCAUUGCUCAUAUGCAAUUACGAUAUGGAAAACGAUACUCUCUAUUCGGUGAAAUGGUAUAAAGGACGUCGAGAGUUUUAUCGUUAUACGCCAAAGGAAAAUCCGGCAAUGAAAGUUUUCCCUAUGGCCGCCGGACUGAAUGUAGAGCGCAAUCUCUCCAAUCAAAGCCAUGUCGUGCUGCUGGCCGUUCCGCUCAACAUAUCCGGCAAAUUUACAUGCGAGAUUUCCGUGGAGGCGCCAACCUUUCAAACCGCCAUGGUCUCUGGUGAACUGGAAGUCGUGGAGUUACCGGAGGAGCAGGCCAUAGUUACGGGCAUCCAGCCACGUUAUCGUAUCGGCGAUUUGGUUGAUGGCAAUUGCUCAAUUAAAUACUCCAAACCGGCUGCUAAUUUGACAUGGACUAUUAAUGGUAUUGUGGUGCCGUUGCAUCACAUAAAAACCUAUCAAAUCGAACGAUAUGAAGAGAGCAAUUUGGAGUCGGUGGUGAGCGCUCUGCAUUUCAUGGUGACCACACAACAUUUCAUUAAAGGACAAAUGAGGCUCAAGUGCACUGCAAGCAUAUUUGAUAUAUUCAAGGAGGAAAUCGAAAGUGUCAUCGAAGAGGAUCGACCACGAAUUAUGGCCUCUGGGCGUUCAUACGAUAUGCAUAAUAAUUAUCCGUAUGAGCAGCACGCGAGCGGUGAUGGCUUCGAGGAUCAUAAUGAAUCCUUUUUAACAUAUUCAGCGGCCGACAUCACAUCUUCUGCAGCAACUGUACACCAUACGACAGCGCACAUCUAUGCGAAAGCUCUCAAAAUGCAUUGGAAAUACAUUUGGACUGGUCUGAUGGCGACAGCGGCAGCCAUUCAGGCAUCCAGUAGUCAGCAGAAGCAACCUGUAAUGGAACAGGACUUGCAGCGCCACCGAUAUAUCAAAUGGAUAAGUGAAGCAAGUAAUGGAAAAGAAGAAGAAGAGGAGCAAGAAGAAGAAGAAGGAGAAGGCAUAGCAGCUACAGCAAUGAAGAAUGUGGCCGCGUUAGAGCUGUUUUGUGUCGGUGAAAGCGUUGCUUAUAUUUUCGCUGCUAUUUGCGCGAGCAUCUUUGUAUGCGCACUGACACGCCAUUUUAUAAGCCAUCAAAGGCAGCCAAACAAAUUAGUGAGGGCGGAAGCGGGGCAAGCAAUGAAGCUACGAGAAGCAUCCUCGAUUGUCGCGCCACCAUUGGCAACAUUUACUGUCACAGUGUUGCUCUCGAAAGUAAUAGACGCAGCAGCAGCAGCAGCAGCAGCAACGUAUGAUGCGAAAGGUGGGGCAGUCACAUCACCGACAACAAAAUCACCUGCAACGACGGUGUUAGUCAAACGGACAUUGAAAGGACAAAAAUCCUAUCAUAAUUGCGUUACAAAAAAUUUGAAUUCAUUGAGUGUAAGACUCUGGGGAUUUCCACGAACGCUGUUGAUGGUGGCGGCAAAUCCAUUACAAAAAUUGCGAGUGUUGAAACAACAACAAACACAAAAGAAGCAAUAUGAGCAGCGUGAAAGCACAGCAAUAUUGCACAACGAGGCGCGCUUUCGGGGCAAUGCAAAUCAACAGCUGUCGCUGGCACUUGCCGGCAGGAGUCCAUCACCUCCUUCAGCAAUAAUUUUCAACGAACUGGCAUUUGGUGGUUCGGAUGUAAGUGCUGCCAUGCAUGGUGCAAUUGGCGUUUGCCAUACCAUCGGCACUUACAGCUGCAGCAGCAGAGGUGGCGGCAGCAACAAUCAACCGAUUGCCAAUUUCGCUAAGGACGCGUCAAAGGAUCUAACAUUAUUGAUGAUGAUUGCGCAACGUUUUGAUUGUCAACAUGUUGACGAUUUUGUUACAGUAUCACCCGGUGUGAGGCAAAAACUGCAACAACAACAGCAACAGCAACAGCAGCUGCGUAAAGUGCAACUGCAGUCGAUAGAAAAUCAUAAAGUGUUGGCGAAAGCAAAGGCGUUGCCGUUUAAUUGGCAAGGAAACUGCGCGCCUCCUCGUCCUUGCUGGAGCGAGUGCUGAUGCCGGCCAAUGGUAGUAUAAGUAAAUGCUUGAAAAGACAAGCGGAAAUAAUAAAUAGCUUAAAAUAAAUGAAUAAAUAAUGAAGUAAUGAAACAAUAGACCCGUAAGCGGCGCGUUGACUUGCAAGCAAAGA